UAAUAUAAGAGAGAGAGAGAGAGAGAGAGGAUAUAUUGAAUAUUGAUUGAGAGAUUCUAGACUAAGAAGGACACAAUUAGAAAAACAUUGGCCUAUUACACUGGCAUUUCCAAUUUAUCCAUUUAUUUAGUCAUAAAGUAACAUCUUUUUUCUUUCCAUACACCUUUUUCUAAACCAAAUUUCUCUCUCUUUCUCCAGGUUAUUUCUCUCUGCCCCUCCUCCCACUUUUCUUUAUAUAUAUAUAUAAACACAUCAUUAUUAUCAUUAUCAUUAUCAUCAACUCAUAAUAAAGGUUGGCUUUUCUUGAAAACUCAUACCAACAAACAUGGGAAGAGCUCCUUGCUGUGACAAAGCCAAUGUCAAAAAAGGUCCAUGGUCACCUGAAGAAGAUGCUAAACUCAAGUCUUACAUAGAACAAAAUGGUACUGGUGGAAAUUGGAUUGCUCUACCUCAGAAGAUAGGACUUAAGAGAUGUGGGAAAAGCUGUCGUCUUAGAUGGUUAAAUUAUCUUAGACCAAAUAUUAAACAUGGUGGUUUCUCCGAAGAAGAAGACGACAUUAUUUGCAGCCUCUAUGUUAGUAUCGGAAGCAGGUGGUCUAUCAUAGCAGCACAAUUACCAGGACGAACGGAUAAUGAUAUAAAGAACUACUGGAACACUAGGCUGAAGAAGAAGCUCCUUGGGAAACAAAGGAAGGAGCAACAAGCUCGCCGAGUUAGCAACAUGAAACAAGAGAUGAAAAGAGAAACAAAUCAGAAUUUGAUGAUGGCGGCUUUGGGUGUCAAUAGUAUGAGUUCAGCACCAUAUUGGCCUGCAGAGUAUUCUGUUCAUCCUAUGCCAGUUUCAAAUUCAUCCAUAAUUGAUUAUGAUACGAACAAUCAAACAUCCUUCACAAGUUUAAUGAACAUUCCAAACCCUUUUUCCAUGGUGAGUAAUACAAUUACAAACAAUGGUGGAAAUUGCCAACCAUCACAUAUAUUUCAAGGGUUUGAAAAUUUUCCAAGGGAUUUAAGUGAGCUUGUAUGUGUGAACCAACAGCAAAUAAUGGAUAGAACAAUUGAUGGUUUUUAUGACAUGAGCAAUGGUGGUAGCACAAUCACAACAACUUCAACAGAAAGCACUAGUUGGGGAGAUAUGAACUCUUUGGUUUACUCACCUUUGGUUUCUGAUUAUGAAGGUUGUUGCCAACAAGGAUCAAUUCCACAAGAUGCUAUUGCUUUUGAGGAGUCUAGGUAUUUUGCAAUGCAAAUGCAAUAAAGGUUUUGUGUAUAUGGGGGGUGUAAAUUUAAAAAUGCUAUAGAAGUUUUGUGUUAGUCAAACAAAACCCUAAUGAGUUCACUUUCUUUCACAUAUAUUUGUUAGUUUUGUGUUAUCA